GAUCGCGUCUGAACCAGCUCGCUGUAAAAUCUCCCAGGAAAACUCGUAAACCAGCCUCAAAAUGUCCGCCAAAGUGAAAUCGUCUUCCCGCACCAAGUCGUCGCGCGCCGGGCUGGAGUUCCCGGUAGGACGGUGCCUCAAGUACCUCAAGGCGGGCAACUAUGCAAAUCGCAUCGGAACCGGCGCCGGCAUCUACAUGGCCGCCACCCUCGAAUAUCUGGUUGCGGAAAUUCUGGAGCUGUCCGGCAACGCCGCCCGGGACAACAAGAAGUCGCGAAUCAUUCCGCGUCAUAUCCAGCUGGCCAUCCGGAACGACGACGAGUUGAGCGUUCUGUUCCGGGACGUGACCAUCUCGGAGGGUGGCGUGAUGCCCAACAUUCAGGCGAUUCUGCUGCCCAAGAGUACCAAGGGCAGCAAGUCCAAAUCGUCGAUGGAAUCAUCCCAGGGCGGACCGAGCCAGGAGUAUUAGCGGAUGACCGGAGCAGAGCUCUCACGACACUUGAACGUACAGAAUGGCAUUUUCCACCACCAAACAUGCUCGCUUUAUUGUUUCUUUUUUUUGUAGUUGUUAAGGAUAGCGUUCUGAAGCGCAGAUUUUUGUUUGAUUGAUUAGAUCGGUUCUAUUGUUUGAGCCUUUGUUUAGUUUGGAUAAGGUUGUAUUCUUUAACAUUGAUUGAUUACCUAUGUAAUAAAACACGCAGUAUUUCUUGAACCA